CUCAAUCGUUUGGUAGCGGCUGGGAGGUGGCCUCCGCCGAAGGUUCCAGUUUUUCUCUCCCUUCCCCUGUAAGGAUGACUCAGAAGGAGAACGCCUACCCCUGGCCCUACGGCCGGCAGACGACUCAGUCCAGCCUGAACACACUGCCCCAGAGAGUCAUCCGGAAGGAACCUGCCACCCCAUCUGCUCUUGUCCUUAUGAACCGUGCCAAUGCCCAGCCCACAGCUGUCCCUGGCCAGAAGGUGAUGGAGAACAGCAGUGGGACAUCCAACCGCUUAAUACGGUCCUUUACAAUCAAUGACUUUGAGAUUGGGCGUCCUCUGGGCAAAGGCAAGUUUGGAAAUGUGUACUUGGCUCGGGAGAAGAAGAGCCAGUUCAUCGUGGCGCUCAAGGUCCUCUUCAAGUCUCAAAUAGAGAAGGAAGGUGUGGAGCAUCAGCUGCGCAGGGAGAUCGAAAUCCAGGCCCACCUGCAGCAUCCCAAUAUCUUACGUCUCUACAACUAUUUCUAUGACCGGCAAAGGAUCUACUUGAUUCUGGAGUAUGCCCCCCGGGGGGAGCUCUACAAGGAACUUCAGAGGUGUCGCACUUUUGAUGAGCAGCGAACAGCCACGAUCAUGGAGGAGCUGGCGGAUGCUCUGAUGUACUGCCAUGGGAAGAAGGUGAUCCACAGGGACAUAAAGCCAGAGAAUCUGCUCUUGGGGCUCCAAGGAGAGCUGAAGAUCGCCGAUUUUGGCUGGUCUGUGCAUGCACCCUCCUUGAGGAGGAAGACGAUGUGUGGCACCCUGGACUACCUGCCCCCAGAGAUGAUUGAGGGCCGCACACAUAAUGAGAAAGUGGACCUGUGGUGCAUUGGAGUACUCUGCUAUGAACUGCUGGUGGGAAACCCGCCGUUUGAGAGUGCUUCACACAAUGAGACAUACAGGCGCAUAGUUAAGGUAGACCUGAAGUUUCCCCCUUCUGUACCUGCGGGAGCCCAGGACCUCAUCUCCAAGCUGCUCAAGCAUAACCCCUCUGAAAGACUGCCCCUGGCCCAGGUCUCAACCCACCCUUGGGUCCUGGCCCACUCUCAGAGGGUGCUGCCUCCCUCUGCUGCUAAAUCUGCCCCCUGAAUUUGCCCUGUUGUUGACUUAUCUGUUUGUAUGCCUCUGUAUGUGUGUUAGAAGUUGUCCCUGGCCUGCGGUUCCUUAUCUGUCGUCUACCUCCUUUUAUUUAAUAAAGGCUGAAGCUUUUUGUA